AUGUGUCAAUUCGGGCCUAAAGUUCGAAGGCAGACUGUAUUUGUGAAACUGAAACCUCCUGGACCAUCCCCAGUGCGGAUAUUUGGAAAGACCUGCCAGCGCAUGACAACAUGUGGUCCAGCGUGUGGAUCCGCGGGUCCGGGACCAAUGACUGGUGUGGGUCGACGACUCGCGUCAAGUCUACAGAGCACAAGUACUGGCUCGCUUCCAGAUUAUGGUACACAAAUUGUCGACCCCUACCGCUUAUUAGAAGAUGACCUAAACGGCAUAUACGAAGAUAUUAGAUCAGAAUUGGAACGCAACACAAACCAGCCCGAACUGAAUACCAUAGCUACAUACUACUUCGACGGACAGGGGAAGGCGCUCAGGCCAAUGGUGGCAAUACUUAUGGCGAGAGCUGUUAACUACCACGUGUACGGAGAAAAUAGCGCACUCCUGCCCUCCCAACGGCAGGUUGCCAUGAUCAGUGAGAUGAUCCAUUCGGCCUCGCUAAUCCACGAUGACGUCAUCGACCAGAGUGAGUUCCGCCGCGGAAAACCCUCAGUCAACGUGCUCUGGAACCAUAAGAAGGUGGCCAUGGCCGGCGACUUCAUCCUCGCCGUGGCGUCGAUGAUGAUAGCUCGCUUGCGCAGCGACGAGGUCACUCUAGUACUUAGCCAGGUGGUCACAGAUUUGGUGCAAGGAGAGUUCAUGCAGCUCGGUAGCAAAGAAACUGAAAACGAGCGGUUUGCGCACUACCUCACAAAAACAUACAGAAAGACAGCAUCCCUCAUGGCUAAUUCUGUUAAAGCGGUGGCACUACUGAGUGGUGCAGAUGAAGCUACUUGCGAGUUAGCAUUCCAGUACGGACGCAACUUGGGCCUUUCCUUCCAGCUUGUAGACGAUUUAUUAGACUUUGUGUCGUCGGCGCAAGCGAUGGGCAAACCUACAGCUGCUGAUCUUCGACUCGGACUGGCGACUGCGCCUGUACUAUUUGCUUGUGAAAAGUAUCCAGAGCUGAACCCAAUGAUAAUGAGGCGGUUCCAAGAAGCCGGAGAUGUGGAGAAGGCCUUCGAACUGGUGCACAAAUCUCGCGGCCUCGAACAGACGCGCUUCUUAGCAAAGAAACAUGGCGUGGAGGCGGCGCGCCUCGCGGCGGAACUCGCCGACUCGCCGUACCAGAAGGGUCUCGUAGUAACCACCGAUCUAGUUCUCAACAGAAUCAAA